AUGGCGCCGGUAGGCCGAGAGGAGCGUGAAGACAACGGCGAAGCGGGAGGUACCGCCGGGAAGGAGAUCCGCGACGGUGGCACGACGGCGGACGGGCACAGUGGCAGGCCAGAAACCCUAGCACCGGCGCUUGGAGGUCCAAAUUUGGGUCCGAAAUGCGUCGGCGCGGACACGAAGCGGACGCGCCGCGCGUCCCCUCGGUGUCCGUCGCGGUCCCACAUGCCGUGCCAAGCAAAAAAUAAAAACGUGGACGUGCAGUGGCACGCCGCGGGUUGUGGAUGGUGGAGCCGUGCUCACCAAGUCGCGGAGCACGGUCGCCUACAGCUGUCCAGCGCAGAGACGCACCGCGCGCGCACACUGGACACACCGGCCUACCCCUGGUUCAGGACACUGCCACGCGGGCCCCACCGGAUCUUCUCGACCCUCACGCCGCGUGCCGCGCCGUGGCCACGGUUACAUUCAGUGCCCAGUGACGUCGUCCUCCCUCUCCGCCCAAAUCCGCACCGGCCCGUCCCACGUCGAGCGCCGCCGCAUCCCUCCUCCGGCGGCACGCACGCGGGCGGCGCCCCGUCGGCCAACUCGCAGGUGCAGGGACCCGCCGCCGCCGCCGCCAUGCAGGAAGCUCCGCUCCACCCGGCCCACCCCGUGCCCUUCGGGCCCAGGCUGCCGGGCUUCCGCGAUCGCCGCCUCUGCGCCCCCACCGGCGACGGGGUCUUCUCCUACGGCGGCUGCGCCCCCUUCGUCCCGAGCCCCAGGCCGUCCCCGCUCGGGCGCGGCAGCCCCACCUUCACCCCGAGCCCCAGGUCCUCGUCGCCCGGCACCCCCUGGUCCUCCUCCGCCUCCUCCUCCUCCGGCUCCCGCGUCGACGCGGCGGCCACGGAGCACGGCCUGCGCAUGGCCCGCCUCGCGCUGCAGUACCAGGACUUCGCCAACCGCUACCAGCUCUGCCUCUCCCACCUCGCCGACGCCGCGCGCGAGGCCGCCGCCAUCCGCCACGACAACUCCGGCCUCCGCCUCGCCAACGACGUCCUCGCCGGCCGCUUCGCCAUGCUCGCCGGCAACCAGGCCUCCGCCAUCGCGCUGCCCGACCAGCUCCGCCGCCUCCACCUUGGGCAGAUGCCUGCUCCCCCGGUGGUGCCCAUGCCCAUGCCGCGCCUCGCCUCCCCGACCGAGAAGCCCCGCCCCCUCCACCUCGGGCAGAUGCAGGCGCAGGUCGUGCCGGCUCCCCCGAUGAUGCCCAUGACGCGGCCCGCCUCCCCGGCCGAGAAGCACGCGGCGAUGCCCAAGAGCAUCUCCAUCCGCUCCAACGGCUACCUGAAGAUGGCGAGGAACGGCAAGCAUCGCGUGACGGCGCCGGUGAACGUCGGCUCGCAGCGCGUGUUCGUGGGCGUGGACAGCGCCAAGGCGGAGGAGCACCAGGGAGGCGGCGGGGAGAAGGGCGGUCAGGUCGCCACGGCUGCCGGCGGGCUGCAGUUCGAGGUGUACAGCCAGGGCAUGUUCAAGACGGAGCUGUGCAACAAGUGGGAGGAGACCGGGGCGUGCCCGUACGGCGACCAGUGCCAGUUCGCGCACGGCAUCGCCGAGCUCCGUCCCAUCAUCCGCCACCCGCGCUACAAGACCCAGGUCUGCCGCAUGGUCUUCGGCGGCGCCCUCUGCCCCUACGGCCACCGCUGCCACUUCCGCCACUCGAUCACCCCCGCCGACUACUCCCCCCUCCUCCACCCCUGAUCGCCGACGGCCACUCACUCUGCUCGCUUCACUCCCUCACUCCUCACUCCUUCCUCCCCCUUCGUAUAAACUAUAUAUAUGCCACAUUGGAAAACAAACCAAAGACACCAAAAUGGGAGACGUAAA